AUGGGGUUGCCUCCCUCUAAGGGAUUCAAUGUGAUCAUGGUGGUAGUUGAUAGAUUUUCUAAGGCAAUUCAUCUAGGAGCGCUAGCUACUAGGUUCACAGCAUACAAGGUAGAAGAGUUAUUUGUUUCCAUUGUCCGUAAACAUCAUGGCCUUCGAAAGAGUAUUAUUUCCGAUCGUGACCCGAUUUUUAUCAGUCGCUUUUGGAAGGACCUUUUUACAUUCAGUGGUACCUUGUUGAGGAUGAGUUCUGCGUAUCACCCUCAAACCGACGGUCAAACAGAGGUUAUGAAUCGUACCGUGGAACAAUAUUUGCGAGCUUUUGUUCAUGCUAAACCAUCUCAGUGGGUCGCUUUACUUCCUUGGGCUGAAUAUCAUUAUAACACUUCUGUGCACACUGCAUCGGGUUUAUCCCCCUUCCAAGUGAUGUUUAGAAAAUUGCCCCCAUCGAUCCCGUCUUACAUUGCAGGUUCAUCGACAAUUGAUGCUUGUGAUUCUGUGUUGCAAUCCCAUGACGAAAUUCUUCACUUACUGCCCAAAGUUGGUCCUGUGGCUUACAAACUGGAGUUGUCCAGUCAUUCUCGCAUUCACAAUGUAUUCCAUUAUUCUCUUUUGAAGCUUCAUGAGGGAGUACCUCCGACUGUUAUUGAUCAAAUUCCCCAUGACUCAAUUAACAAUCACCCUGUGGUUACUCCUUUGGCUGUACUGGAAUUUCAGACAAGACUCAUAGAGGGAAUUCCCACGCGUUUCGCUCUGGUUCAGUGGCAGGGACUGUCUCCUGAUGAUACAUCAUGGGAAAAUUGGGAAGAGUUGCGUCGUGACUACAACCUUGAGGACAAGGUUGAUUUUGUUGGGGGGAGUAUUGAUACGGGCAAGCCCAUUAGAGAUGACAUUGGCCCAAUGAGGGAAGUGGAAAACAAUGAAGAGCAAGGCCCAAGGACAAAAAGAAUAAUCAAAAUUCCUAAAAGGUUGGAGGAUUAUGUGAUUAUUUUGACAGCUAGUGAAGAAAAGAUCUAG